AGGAUGGAGUUCAUGUCACAAAUGUUUCGCCCUCCUGUGGAGCGCAUUGACGUUAUCUCGUCUGCGUUCGGCAAAAUUGAGGAUGUGUCACCAUAUGACAUGAUCCAAGCACUUGCCGUUCUGUCCAACACCAUUACAAAUUCAUCAACGAAGAUCACAGCGUAUCUCCGCAAGUUUAUCUCUCUGUACCGGGAGAAGAUUUCGACCGCGAGGCCGGAAUUUGCCGAGAUGUAUGCAGCGGUUGAGGCUGACGAGGAAGCCAGCGAACUUUGGGGCUCUUUCCAGUUGGCGAUCAACUACCAGCAGAUUGCUGAUGCACUCCGGAAGCUGACUGGACUGCCGAACUCGGAGCCCCAAGAGUGGCGUGAAUUCCGAAAGGCGAUUCUUGCCGCCGCGUCCUCGCCCAAUGCACCCUCUCCGCCGCCAGCCGAAACGGGCGUUCGCGUCAAGGCUCCUCUUCGCACCAAAAUGCUUCGGCAUGUUGAAGCCGUUCUCAAGGAGAUCAUCAUUGAGCUGAACGACUUUGACGGCUGGUCAAAAGAAGCUGCUCGCCUUGAGCGGUUUGUGAUCGCUCAAAAAGCAAUGCGCAUAGCGAUCUCCGUGAUGACCUUCAUGGCUGAGACCAAUCACGAUAUCAGGCCGCUCCUAGCCGGCGUGUAUGGUGUGCAAGACACUGCUGGUAGUCUCGCCCAGCUCAAGUCGGCUGUUGUGCCCGCGAUUGUUGAUGCUACAGAGUGAUUGAUUGUUUAAUGUCGGUCGACAGAGGAUUUGCAACAUCCUAAAGCAGUGCCUCAAGCAAAUACAGCAAUCUUUGUUUUGUUCCAAAAAAAGGGGGGG